AUGCAGCGCGCCCAACACGGCGACGACCGCCUGGCCGCGCCCCGCCACAGCCGCACAGGCAGCGCCAUGGAUCGAGCAAGCACGACGUUCCGCGUGCCGAUCAACACCUCCUCCCAGAUGCCGACGAACACCCGCAGCGUGAAGGUGGCGAGCAGCACCAGCAGCACCGACGCCAGGCCGUCCCACGUCACGCCCGGCAACUCCGAGGACACUGGCGCCUCCGGGAAGAGCGACAGCGCCAUGGCGGGCAACACCACCAUGGACAGGCGGGAGGAACGCAGGCAACCGCACAUCGCGAGGUAG